UCACUUCUCUAAUUCCCCAAAUAUCCAAUUUUUAAUAUUCUAUAAGUAAAUUAACCUAUUUAUACGUCUUUGCCACCAACCCCUCUCUCUGUACCAUCUUACACCUAUCUCUCUUUCUCUCUUCUGGUUCUGGAAUCUGAGUGAGUCACCGUCACCAUGGCAAUGGCAACUUCGCCUCAUUCUCUCCUCCUCCAAAACCCAAACCGUAACCUUCUCAAAAACCCAACCCCCAAGCCCUUCAAUGCCUUCCCUACGAGGACCAACCUCAACCCCACGACCACCACCUCUAAGCGCAUCUCCAUCACAUGCGCCACCACAACCCAAAUCCAAGAUCGCCCACCCAGCCCCGCGCAGUCCCAAGAUCGGGUUUUUAACUUCGCCGCCGGCCCUGCUAUAUUGCCCGAGAACGUCCUCAGGAAAGCCCAGUCGGAGCUCUACAACUGGCGCGGAUCUGGCAUGAGCGUCAUGGAGAUGAGCCAUAGAGGCAAAGAGUUCCUCUCCAUUAUCCAAAAGGCCGAAUCGGAUCUCCGUGCCCUUUUGGAUAUUCCGCCCGAGUACGCCGUUUUGUUCCUCCAGGGUGGAGCCACCACCCAAUUCGCCGCCAUCCCUUUGAAUCUCUGCAAACCCGAUGACCCGGUUGAUUAUAUCGUUACCGGGUCGUGGGGCGACAAGGCCUUCAAGGAGGCCCAGAAGUUUAGUAAACCCAACGUGAUCUGGUCCGGUAAAUCCGAAAAGUACACCAAAAUCCCAGCUUUCGAAUCAUUGGAGCAGAACCCAGAUGCCAAGUAUUUGCAUAUUUGCGCCAACGAGACUAUUCACGGUGUUGAAUUCAAGACCUACCCAACUCCCAAAAACCAGACCGGCCUUCUGAUCGCCGACAUGUCGUCGAAUUUCUGCUCAAAGCCCGUUGAUGUCUCUAAGUUCGGUUUGAUCUAUGCUGGUGCUCAGAAGAACGUCGGGCCAUCAGGGGUCACCAUUGUGAUAAUUAAGAAGGAUCUGAUUGGGAACGCUCAAGAAAUCACCCCUGUGAUGCUGGACUACAAGAUUCACGCUGAGAACAACUCACUGUAUAACACCCCUCCCUGUUUCGGAAUCUAUAUGUGUGGGUUGGUGUUUGAGGACUUGUUGGAACAGGGUGGUCUGGAGGAGGUUGAGAAGAAGAACAAGAAGAAGGCUGAAAUCCUUUACAACGCCAUUGAUGAGAGCAAAGGGUUUUACAAGAGCCCAGUUGAGAAGUCAGUGAGGUCGCUGAUGAAUGUUCCAUUCACUUUGGAAAAGUCAGAGCUGGAGGCAGAGUUUUUGAAAGAGGCUGCGAAGGAGAAGAUGGUACAGCUCAAGGGGCAUAGGUCAGUGGGAGGCAUGCGAGCUUCUAUAUACAAUGCCAUGCCUUUGACUGGUGUUGAAAAGUUGGUUGCUUUCAUGAAAGAUUUCCAGGCCAGGCAUGCUUGAAUUUGAAUCACGCUACUCUGCCAAUUUGCCUCUGCCCUCUCUAUAUUCUACUAGAGUUUGCAGCUUUUUUGCCUUUUUUUUUUUGGUUUUUUUAAUGGGUUUGUUUUGCUUAUUCUAUUUUUCCUCUUUUUCUUUUCUUGGGGAAUGAUUGUUGUUCGAUACAAGUGAGCAGUAAUCACUUGCGCAAUUUUCAUAAAUUGAGUUGAAGUUAAUAUUAUGCAAGUUUAGUCAUUAGGACAAAACUUCCUCAUAUAUUAGUAAAUGAAUGGCUCAAUUUCCUCACUA